AUGGCUCCUUCGGCCUGCGCAGCUUGUCGAUUUCAACGCAGGAAAUGCUCAGCUCAAUGUCUGCUCGCUCCUCAUUUUCCUCCAGACGACCUUCAAAGGGCUAUGAUCGUGAAUCAGGUCUAUGGAAUUAGCCGUGUUCUGAAAUUCCUUAAAGAUAUUAAACCUGAACAAAGAGCAGAUGCAGUAAAUAGUUUGGUGUAUGAAGCAACUGCCAGGGUGGAGGACCCUGUUUAUGGGUGUACAAGAACUACCCACAAACUGCAAAAAUGGAUUGCAGAUUUGGAGUCCCAGUUGGCAGCCACGCAAGCAGAGCUCCUGAAUAUGCGUUUUACAGGUGAAAAGCUUUUAUCCCCUCUCAGUAUUGGAUCCCACGAUGCUGGACAUAUUUCAGGUUCCACGUCACAACAAAGUGAAUAUAGCAUCCGUGAGGAGGUCGAUCCAAUGCUGCUGUGGGAACCGCUAAGGCAAGUUUAA